AUGAAAAAUAUUCGAGAAGAAUUGAUAACCUGUCUGAUUAACGAUAUUUAUACAAAUGCUCAAGGUGAUGAUUGGAAUGAAAUUUAUGAAGAGCUUAUAUAUUCAUUAGAGAAUAGUACUAUAUUAAAUGAAGAAGAAAAAAAAUUUGCCAUAAAAGAAUCUACUUGGGAUAAAAAUUUUUUUAAUCUGAAUAAGAAGGGUCCAAAAUAUAUUUGCUCAACAUGUGAAAAACCUGGGUACACUGUCAAUGAUUGUGAGCAUUGUUUGAGAGAUUGUUUAAGAAAAGAUUUCAGUAAUUGGACUUCAAACAGUCCAAAAAUUGAUGAAGCAAUUCAAGAUGCACAAAUACAAAUGCCUUUACCGCGUGCACUGACUGAAUGGAUACCAUAUAUUCAUCUCGAACAUAUUGAAUUCCUCAAGCAAGGAGGAUGCUCAUCUAUUUAUACAGCUACUUGGACAAAUGGACUUAUUACUUCGUUUGAUAAAAAGAAGCAAAUGUUCGAACGAACUCCAAAUAUCUCAAUCGUUUUAAAAUAUCUUAAAGGAUCGGCCACGAAUAAUGAACGAUUUUUAAAUGAGCUCAAAACUCAUAUAAUGCUUGCCUCAAAAGGUUAUUUAGUAGUGGAUUGCUAUGGAAUAACAAGAGAUCCUCUAACAAAAGAUUUUAUAUUAGUGUUGAAAAAAUUGGACGGAGAUUUGCGAGAUUACAUUUUCAAAAAUCAUAAAUCUUUGACUUGGAAAGAUAUUUACAGAUUGCUUUCAUAUUUAUUCUACGCCCUUAAAUUUAUACAUCAUGAUGGGAUUGUACAUAAGGAUCUUCACUGCGGGAAUUUUAUGUAUAAAAAUGGUGGUUGGGCAUUAGUUGAUUUAGGUGGUGCACCUCCAUUUUACGACCUAGAUCAUGGCAGUAACUUAUUGCUUUAUAUUUGCGAUGGAAUGCGACCAACAAUCCCCGAGACAGCGCCUCAAUUUUACAAGAAUAUCAUGAAACAAUGCUGGGAUGCAGAUCCACUGAAACGUCCAAAAUCAGAAGAAUUAUAUAAUCUGUUUGAAGAAAGACUUAAAGAAAGUCCAGAAACUAUAGAUGAAUUGAAGACUCUUGUGUUUAAGGAUUUUGUAAUCACAGAUCCAUUAGGAGAUCUCAAUAAUAUAGCUUUAGGCGAACAAUUAGGUAUAUUACUUCUUUUAACUCAAUUAACCCGUUAA